AUGCGGAUCAAGUCCGCGUGGCUGGAUGCCGCUGGAAUCGCAAGAUGCAGUCCUGUGAACGUUGCCGAAAAAUCGAAAGUUGCGUGUGAUCAUAGUGUUCCCUGUGUAUCGACAAGAAAUCAUCGCGAGUGCAGCACCUGCAGCAGUACCCAGGGGUUUGUUGCUUCAUCGCUACCGAACAAGGAUAUUUCAUCGCCAUCGAAUGAGCAUUUCAGCAGUGCCGAUGGCGGAGACGCUGUCCAUACCACGCAGAUGGCACUUGGGACAACCCCUAGAGCGAGUCUUCCGCUACCUGAUCGUGCAGAGUCUGCACCACCGCUUUUUGAUUACCCAAGGGUCAGAUCAGAGAAGCAGGGCUUCUUUGGAUUUACCUCUCAUAUGUCGAUCAUGACAGAAGACUUGACACAGCUCGGGAUCACGUCUACGGGUCUGGAUCAGGCUACGAGUGUUCAUGAAAAACCCAUCCCGUACGAGAAGGUCGCGAGCGGUUGUCAAGUUCUUUCGUUCCUGCAGAACAGACCAAUGAUCGAUCGCGCUAUUGGUUUGUUAUUCAAGUCACUUGAUUGCAUUCAUCUACACUGCGGUGAGCUCAUUGUCAGACCGUGGCUCUCCCAACUGUGGAUUUCCUCGGCGACGGGCGACCACAUACGCUGGGGAGUGAUCGCCAUGGUCGCCAACUAUGUGGGAUCGUUCGCCAUGGUGAGAAGCUCGUCGGACCCCUUCUUUGAGGAAUUUGAUAUGGACCGUAAGUCCCUUUUGGAUCAAAUGACCGAAGUUUCCGGAUUCUGUAUCGGCUUUUGUCGAGAGAGCGGCCUCUUAGAUGAUGGAUUUCUGUAUGCCCUUUUCGAGUACUACAGCAUUAUCAAACAUACAAAGGGUGGAGCCUCUUAUGCAUCGUGGUGUGUGGGUGCCGAGUUGAACAGCGCCUUUAGAGUAAUGGGGCUGCAUCAAGAGAUCAGAGCCGAUGCUCAGGUGCCUCUUUUCCUCGCAGAGCUGCAGGCGUUGGGCCCGUCCCAAUCUACCGGGCUGGGAGACUGCGAAGAUGGAGCCAAAUGUUUGAAAAGGGCGAGGCAAAAGGAGUAUGAAAAGGAGGAACAAGAUUCCAGAGCGCAGACCCCGUGCAAUGACGAGACAUCAAGCUCGUCACUUUGCCACAAACACCGUGUAACUGCAAUGACGGGGAUUCCAAUUGACCAAGACUCGGCUCCCGUCAAUGUAGGAGAGCUCGUCGGUUUGAGAAUCAGCGACCAGUUGCAGGGCAGUCGUGAGAUGCCCUCGUUCCUCACGUACAACAUUCAAUGCACGCAUGAGCUGGAGUGGGAUAUGGUGCUUCAGGUUGGUGGGGAGAGUCUCAAGGUCAAGAGCGAACAGCCGGUUCUGGUUAUGGAGAGGAGUGUCUUGGGUUAA